CGGUGGUGUUUUCCUUCCAGUGCUCCAGCAUUUCCAUCCUAUAUAGGUAUAGCUAUAUAUAUACUUGAGAUCGACCUAACUGUCACUGUACUUUCUCUGGCGAGUCCUCCUCUGUGAAACAUGAAGAGUCCAGGCAAACCCAUGUCUACUUUUGGCCUUGUGUGUCUACUGCUUCUCAUCUUCAAUACAGAAGCAGCCACAUUUCAUGAAGUUGAGGAUGAGAGAGAGUUUGAUUAUUUGGAAGGGAGUGGGAAGGGACCUGAUCACUGGGGAGAGCUGCAUGAAGAAUGGGCGGCCUGUAAGAAUGGAGACAUGCAAUCCCCAAUCGAUCUGUUGAAUGAACGGGUGCAACUGGUGCCAGGAUUAGGGAGACUCAAGAGAAGCUACAAGCCUUCAAAUGCCAUCCUCAAGAAUAGGGGCCAUGAUAUUGCGCUUGAAUGGGGAGAGGGUGCUGGAUCUAUAAACAUAAAUGGUAMAGAUUAUGUGCUUGAGCAAUGCCACUGGCAUUCACCUUCUGAGCACACCCUCAAUGGCAAGAGGUUUGACCUAGAGCUGCACAUGGUUCAUGUCUCCCCUGAUAACACAACAGCCAACCAGAUCGCUGUGAUUGGAAUCCUUUACAAGAUUGGCCGACCAGAUGAUUUCCUCUCUGAGCUGAAGAAGGGAAUAUGGUCUAUAGCUGAUAGCAAAAAUGAGGUGGGAGUGGGAGUGGUAGACCCAAGACACAUAAAGAUAGGAAGCAGGAAGUAUUAUAGAUACAUGGGCUCUCUUACUGUUCCUCCAUGCACCCAAGGUGUCAUUUGGACCAUCAACACCAAGGUGAGAACCGUUUCCAAAGGCCAAGUGAAGGCACUGAGAGACGCAGUUCAUGAUUAUGCGGAACAGAAUGCAAGACCCUUACAACCUCUCAACAAAAGAGAAAUCCAUCUCUAUCGGCCCCGGGAUUUGACAAGAGAUCGACGCAACUGAUUGAUACAUACACUUGAAUAUUGCAGUUUCUAUGAAUUAUUAGUUAACAGUUGAAUUUGUAUGUAUUCCAUUCUUUGACGUUUACGUGAGUAUACAGAGUACACAGCUACCGAUUACCCAAUAUUUGAUGUUCAAUUUUGAGUUAUUAAUUAAUGUGGUGUUAUUUUGUCUCUUUGUAUAAUAAAACUACAAUUCAAUCUAUAUUAAUU